AUGGGUGCCUUGAAGCGCAUCGAUGAAGGCGUUUUUUUUGAAAUUUUUAAUCGCAUAUCUAAAAAUAGAAAUCGCGUUUCCUUGAAGAGGGCACUUAGUGAGCUAAAGACAUUUUUUAAUUCCCCUAAAAAUCCACACCUCAAGCUUAUAGAUGAUUUUAAGGCAAAAUCCUCGCAAAACGAUACUUCUGACAAUAAAAAUGCAAUGACUAGACCAUCUGAUGCUGGUUCGUUAAGUGAGGACUUCAUGGAUGAGUUUUACGCUCGCGGAGUUGAUAGAAGACACGGCUUAAGAUCACAGGUCCUAAUGGUAGGAGGUCCAAAAUGCAUUCGCGGAAACCCUAGGGGUUCCAUGGAUCCUCCGCUAUUUUUUCCGUACAUUACGUUUGAACAGUUCUUCGGAAUAGCAAAGGAUAUCGAAUGUGCAUAUAUCGAGAAACUUGUGCCUCAUGCAUCCAAUAACAGAGUGACCCGAACUUACACUACGGGUGAAUUUGUAAAAUAUCAGACAAAUCUUAACAAGAACAUUACAAAAAUGCUCCAGUCCAGCUUGAAAUAA